UUCCCAAACCUCAUACUGAAAAUUCCAUUUGCCUAUCUGUUUCUUUGAUUUAUUUUUGGCUUUCUUGGGUCUUCUGCAACCAUGUAUAGAAUGCUAAAUCUCGUAUUAUCUCUCUCAUUUUUCAUGUCUAUGAUUCUCUCUUCAUCUGCUCAAAAAUGUUCUAGCUAUGCCUUCUCUAGCAACCAAGUCUUUAGUGCAUGCAAUGAUCUUCCUUAUUUAAACUCAUUUCUGCACUGGAAUUAUAACUCAUCAUCAAGCAAGCUUAAGAUUGCAUAUAGGCACACAGGAGUCAGUUCCUCCAGAUGGAUAGCUUGGGCUAUAAACCCUACUUCAACUGGGAUGGUGGGUUCACAAGCACUUGUUGCAUUCCAACAAUCUGAUGGAACAAUGAGAGCUUAUACUUCUCCUAUCAGCAGCUAUCAGACUUCACUGCAAGAAGGGAAGCUUAGCUUUGAAGUCUCAGAUUUAUCUGCUUCAUAUUCUAACAAUGAGAUGAUCAUAUUUGCUACCUUGGGAAUUUCAAACAUUGGCUCUACUACAGUGAACCAGGUUUGGCAAGAAGGUCCAGUUUCUAGUGACUCUCCUCAGGUGCAUUCCACUACUGGGGCUAAUGUGAAAUCCAUGGGAACUGUUAACCUUCUUUCUGGGACAGUUGGGGCUAGUGGAGGAAAUGACAAAACCAGGAAGAGGAAUAUUCAUGGAGUGUUAAAUGCAGUGAGUUGGGGGAUACUGAUGCCCAGUGGAGCUCUAAUAGCAAGGUACUUGAAGGUAUUCAAAUCUGCAGACCCAGCAUGGUUUUAUCUACAUGUUAGUUGUCAAUCCAUGGCCUAUAUUGUUGGAGUUGCUGGAUGGGGUACUGGUCUCAAACUGGGCACCAACUCUUCCGGUGUACAAUAUGAUUCCCAUAGAACAAUUGGAAUCAUCCUUUUCUGUCUUGGAACCCUUCAGGUGUUCGCUUUGCUUCUAAGGCCAAAAACAGAUCACAAGUAUAGAGUCUACUGGAACAUCUAUCACCAUACAGUUGGAUACAGUGUUAUUAUACUUAGCAUCAUCAAUAUAUUCAAAGGAUUUGAUAUCCUAAACCCUGACAAGAAGUGGAAGAACGCUUACAUUGCUGUGAUUGCUGCUUUGGCCUUCAAUGCUGUGUGGUUGGAAGCCUACACAUGGUUUCUAGUGCUGAUCAAGAGGAGAAGAUCAGAGAGUGGAAGCAAGAUGAUGAUGCCUCAGGGCAUCAAUGGAUCAAAUGGGGUUAAUGGACUUGGUGAUAGGCAACACCAAGGCGUAUAGAUAAUCUCAAUGGCAAAUACAUUUAUGAAUAACGUUUUGAAAGCUCUAUGAACGGAGGGGAGGUUAGGAUUAGGAGUGAUUCUUUUUUGCAGGGUAGUAGAUUGUGUUUGGAUGGCAUUUGCUUCUUGAUUUGUACAUAUCGUGUUGCUUUAUAAUUUAUUAUUAGUAUU